AUGGAAGAAGAGGUCGCGGCAUUGGUCAUUGACAAUGGCUCUGGUAUGUGCAAGGCCGGUUUCGCCGGUGACGAUGCGCCACGAGCUGUCUUCCCAUCCAUUGUCGGCCGACCGCGCCAUCAUGGUAUCAUGAUUGGUAUGGGUCAGAAGGACUCGUACGUCGGUGACGAGGCACAGAGCAAGCGUGGUAUCCUGACUCUGCGAUACCCCAUCGAGCACGGUGUCGUCACCAACUGGGACGACAUGGAGAAGAUCUGGCAUCACACUUUCUACAACGAGCUGCGUGUCGCUCCCGAGGAGCACCCAGUUCUGCUCACCGAGGCUCCCAUCAACCCCAAGAGCAACCGCGAGAAGAUGACCCAGAUCGUCUUCGAGACCUUCAAUGCCCCCGCAUUCUACGUCUCCAUCCAGGCCGUCCUCUCCCUCUACGCCUCUGGUCGUACCACCGGUAUCGUCCUCGACUCGGGUGACGGUGUCACCCACGUUGUCCCCAUCUACGAGGGUUUCGCUCUCCCACACGCCAUCUCCCGUGUCGACAUGGCCGGUCGUGACUUGACCGACUACCUCAUGAAGAUCUUGGCUGAGCGCGGUUACACUUUCUCCACCACUGCCGAGCGUGAAAUCGUCCGCGACAUCAAGGAGAAGCUCUGCUACGUCGCCCUCGACUUCGAGCAGGAGAUCCAGACCGCCAGCCAGAGCUCGUCCCUCGAGAAGUCCUACGAGCUUCCUGACGGCCAGGUCAUCACCAUUGGCAACGAGCGUUUCCGUGCUCCAGAGGCUCUCUUCCAGCCAUCUGUCCUCGGUCUCGAAUCCGGCGGUAUCCACGUCACCACCUUCAACUCCAUCACCAAGUGCGACAUUGACGUCCGUAAGGAUCUCUUCGGCAACAUCGUCAUGUCCGGCGGUACCACCAUGUACCCAGGUAUCUCCGACCGCAUGCAAAAGGAAAUCACCGCCCUCGCCCCAUCCAGCAUGAAGGUCAAGAUCAUCGCCCCACCAGAGCGCAAGUACUCUGUGUGGAUCGGUGGUUCCAUUCUCGCCUCGCUCUCGACCUUCCAGCAGAUGUGGAUCUCAAAGCAAGAGUACGACGAGUCUGGCCCAUCCAUCGUCCACCGCAAGUGCUUCUGA